CAAAGUAAAUAUUUCGGUGCUUAGUAUUUUCCAAGCCAUAUGAUGGAUUUAUUAAAAAAUCCCUAAUAAAUAAUUAUAAAAAAAUUGUUACAUUAAAAAUCAAUUAAACUAGCUGCAACUGUCAUGUUACAGAUUUAACUAACAUUUAAUAUGCUUAGCAGAUUUUCAGAUGUAUUACAAACCGCUGCGGACGUAUUAGCGCCGCCAGCUACAAGACUCGAGGAUUUUGAAUAUCACUGGAAAAUGGUAUUGAACUUCUACCAGAAUUAUGAUGAAAGUUCCAAAGUUCAUAUUGAAGACACAAGGGUUCCUCAUCACUUACACCAGAUGCUCCAGUUGAUAGUAGAAGAGGAGAAGGAGCAGCAAGGUGGCACGGUGGGCCCGUGCCUGGAAGCGGUGAUCCAGCGCUCGGUGGGGGUGCUGGACGUGCUGUCACUGCUGGUGGCCGUGGACCGGCCGCCCGGUGCCCGCUGCUCCGCGCUCACUCUCGCCACGUCCCUGCUGCGGCGCACCAGGAGCCCCUGUCUCAACAGCCCCCACGUGUACAGACCUCUGCAGAGAAUGCUCCUUAUCUGCAACGAAAGCCCUGCUUCCCCGACGGAGAAAGAGGAAGUGGAACUCCUCCUCACACUUUGCGGUCUCGUGAGGAAGGAGCCAGGGUUGGCCAACAUUUUCACAACACCAUUCGUAGAGGACACCGCGAGCCUGAUGACUAUCCCCGAGGACAUCACAAAGCUUAUACCGAUCAAAAGCAAAGCGCAGACUCCCAAGAAAAAUCCUCUAUUUGAAGUGGACAUGGUGCCCAAUCCCUUGAAAACAGUGUCUAUCGUGAGAGUGAACAAGGACGACAAUUACGUGCAGUCGGGCAGCUCGGUGGGGGACGACAAUGCUUCCUCGAAGAGCCACAAAACCGUUUACGACGAUAAUGAAAAGUUUCUGUUGAUCGAUUUGUUGCUGUCUUAUUUGGAUAGCGCCGACAACCAGGUGGUGCUGCGCGCGUGCGAGGGCGUGCUGAUCGUGUCGUCGCUGGCGGAGGCCGACAUCGCGGCGCUGGUGACGGGCUGCAGCCCGGCCUGCGAGCGGCUGGCGGCGCGCCUGCUGAGCCGCUACCGCGCCCUGCCGCCCGACCUCGACCCCGCCGCCGUCGACCAGCUCAGCAUCACCUGGGCGUACGUCGCGCAGGACUUCGGCGAUAAGAACUACAACAACUUCUACGGCUACCGGGAGCUGACCGCCUUCUUCUCGUGGCUCGACUACGUCGAUACGUUGAUGAAGGAGUGUCACCCCAUCAUCGCGUGCCACCUGUCCCGCGCCUUCCGCACGCAGUUCCUGGAGCCGGCGGCGGAGGCGCUGGCCGAGCCGCGCAGCGCCAUCCUCGCCACUGCCGUGCUCGCCAAGUGUCUGCGCGUGCUCGACUCGCAGGACCUCGUCAAUGAGUUCUCGAGCUGGCUGGCGGGCGAGGGGGAGGGCGGCGCCGGCGAGUGGGCGCAGCUGCAGGCGCUGGCCGCGCGCUGCCUGGACGGCGACCACGACCUCACGCUGGAGACGCUGCGCUUCUUCGAGGCCGUGAUCGAGAAGGGCUCGGAGCACAGCAUCGACCGGCUGGUGCUGUCGCGCGUGUGCGCGCGCGCCUACCGCGCCGCCGAGCCGGCGCUGCAGGACGAGCGCGACCGCCUCAACGACCUCAGCCUCGCGCGCGAGCGCCAGCGCGCCCGGGAGGCGCUGGCGACGGACGAGCGCGCGGGCGGGCUGCUGGCGCUCGCGGACGACAACAUCCACCGCGUCGUCAACAGUUUCCUGCUGCUCCUGCCUCGCGGAGUGCAGUCGCAGCCACUCGCCGACUGCGAGCACUACGUGCACGACGCGCAGCGGCACUACCAGGUACUGUGAGCAGACACGGAGUGCUCUACGUGCGCGACACUAGCAGGUACUGUGAGCAGACACGGAGUGCUCUACGUGCGCGACACUAGCAGGUACUGUGAGCAGACACGGAGUGCUCUACGUGCGCGACACUAGCAGGUACUGUGAGCAGACACGGCGUGCUCUACGUGCGCGACACUAGCAGGUACUGUGAGCAGACACGGCGUGCUCUACGUGCGCGACACUAGCAGGUACUGUGAGCAGACACGGCGUGCUCUACGUGCGCGACACUAGCAGGUACUGUGAGCAGACACGGAGUGCUCUACGUGCGCGACACUAGCAGGUACUGUGAGCAGACACGGCGUGCUCUACGUGCGCGACACUAGCAGGUACUGUGAGCAGACACGGCGUGCUCUACGUGCGCGACACUAGCAGGUACUGUGAGCAGACACGGCGUGCUCUACGUGCGCGACACUAGCAGGUACUGUGAGCAGACACGGCGUGCUCUACGUGCGCGACACUAGCAGGUACUGUGAGCAGACACGGCGUGCUCUACGUGCGCGACACUAGCAGGUACUGUGAGCAGACACGGCGUGCUCUACGUGCGCGACACUAGCAGGUACUGUGAGCAGACACGGCGUGCUCUACGUGCGCGACACUAGCAGGUACUGUGAGCAGACACGGAGUGCUCUACGUGCGCGACACUAGCAGGUACUGUGAGCAGACACGGAGUGCUCUACGUGCGCGACACUAGCAGGUACUGUGAGCAGACACGGCGUGCUCUACGUGCGCGACACUACCAGGUACUGUGAGCAGACACGGCGUGCUCUACGUGCGCGACACUAGCAGGUACUGUGAGCAGACACGGAGUGCUCUACGUGCGCGACACUAGCAGGUACUGUGAGCAGACACGGCGUGCUCUACGUGCGCGACACUAGCAGGUACUGUGAGCAGACACGGCGUGCUCUACGUGCGCGACACUAGCAGGUACUGUGAGCAGACACGGAGUGCUCUACGUGCGCGACACUAGCAGGUACUGUGAGCAGACACGGAGUGCUCUACGUGCGCGACACUAGCAGGUACUGUGAGCAGACACGGCGUGCUCUACGUGCGCGACACUACCAGGUACUGUGAGCAGACACGGCGUGCUCUACGUGCGCGACACUAGCAGGUACUGUGAGCAGACACGGAGUGCUCUACGUGCGCGACACUAGCAGGUACUGUGAGCAGACACGGCGUGCUCUACGUGCGCGACACUAGCAGGUACUGUGAGCAGACACGGCGUGCUCUACGUGCGCGACACUAGCAGGUACUGUGAGCAGACACGGAGUGCUCUACGUGCGCGACACUAGCAGGUACUGUGAGCAGACACGGCGUGCUCUACGUGCGCGACACUAGCAGGUACUGUGAGCAGACACGGC